CUCGGGCAUACGUAGUCGUCGGUCCGCCAUUACGACGCAGCCGAGACACGUUCGUCGUAUUUAGUUAAAUAUUUUGGUUUAUAAAUGAGUAAUAACGCUCAUGAUCUAAGUAAUCGACUUCUGAAUGCGUUGGAUAACAAUUACAAUGUUGUCGACAUGCACGCCGUCAAUGAAAUCAUAUCCAUUCUGGAGAAAUUCAAUAUCACAAAAGAGUUGUUGGAGACCACCAGACUCGGUAAACAUGUGAAUGAACUGCGACGGAAGACGAGCGAUCCGACUCUCGCGCGCCGUGCCAAGGUGCUGGUGAAGAGAUGGAGGGACCUCGUCAUACCGUCCGUAGCCUCACCAGGGCAGACCGGCUCCAAUCGAUCUUCGGCCGAGCGACAAGUGCGAAGAUUGGGGGGCACGCCGCUUACUUCACCCGCAUUAUCCAGGGUAAAUAUUGCUACUUCUAUGGAAUAUUUACUUAAAAUCUGCUUAAAAAAGUCUAACCUA